CCUACAGGACCUGGGAGACUGUACAAUCUACCUCUGUCCGUGGAAGAAAAAAGGAAAUACCAACUCCAAACUCCAGCUCACCUGCUUUUCUCUUAUUCGGAGAAAACCCUCGGCUGUCGUACCAGACAGCUGUGCAGUGCAUGAACACAAACUGGAGCAUGGACUUUUUUAUUUUUUAAUUCCUAAACAAAAACAGGAGAGUGGAGUGCUGCUGAGCCGCGACGAAGUCUGUCUAUCAGCCCUUUAAAGAGUGGAGGUCUCACUGAAACCUCUGUGGAAGAGUUGUGGAGCUAGCCAGGGGGGAGAAAAAAUUAAGUUAAACAAGCCAACGGUGCUGUUUUUGUGCUCGCUGUGGGACUUGAGAGGAUUUUUACGAAAGACGCGCUAACGUUACGCCACGCAUGCCACAAGCAUCGAGUCAGCAGCUUCAAACCCUCUGAAGCUCGCUGUUCAUGCGUGGCUCGUUUCUCUUUCUAACGAGAAAAUGCAUUGCAGCUACGUGGCUGUUUGUGCCAUUUCUUGAAGUUUGAAUUAAUUGAGAGAGUUGCUGGAAAGCAGCGCAAACUUCACUUUUGGCCUGGACCAGAGUGGAGGAGCCAGGCUGUGCAGCUAGCUAGUUAGCUGGCUGCAUAACUGUUGUUUGCUAGCACUAGCGCUAGCUUAUAUUCGGCCAACAAGUCAGUUUUUCGCUCUUUUUUAUUUUUCUUUUCUUUUUUUUUUUUUUUUUUUGUUUUACCAGUACGAACAAACUCAACUGGGGCAGCUUAGCUAACCCAAAGUCGCAGCAAGAAUGCCCAGAGCUGCUGUUCGUUAAUGGUGGUUUCCAUGAGGCGGCUAACUUUAGCAGCAGCCUUAGCUUGUGUUUGAUUGAACACGUUGGACUUGUUCCUCCGCCCAUCUUCCGGGAUGUCUUUUAUUUAUUUUUGUUUACCUGUUGGCCCACACCGCAAAACAAAACCUGUUUCCUGAAGGUAUUUCUUUUCCAGUUCGAACUGUGCUCUUCGCCAGGAAUUAUUCAGUGUUUGAUCCGGAGCAGUGCUGGAUGGUGUCAGUGAUGUGGCUCCGGACUUUGUGUUUGGGUUUUGUGUUGACCGCUGUCUGGUUGGUGAUGAGCUGUCAUCGAGCGACGGGCGAGAUUUGUCCCAGCAAGGACAUCCGCAACAAUGUGACCAACCUCCAGACGCUCGAGAAUUGUACUGUGAUCGAAGGCCACCUGAAGAUCUUACUCAUGUUCAGGACCAAGCCAGAGGAUUUCCGAGGCCUCAGUUUCCCCAAGCUGACCGUGGUCACCGACUACCUGUUGCUCUUCAGAGUUUACGGCCUGGAGAGCCUCAGCGAUCUCUUUCCUAACCUAACAGUCAUCAGAGGCAACAACUUGUUCUUUAACUAUGCUCUAGUGGUGUUCGAGAUGCUCCAGCUGCGAGAAAUCGGCCUCUAUAGCUUAAUGAAUAUCACCAGAGGAGCUGUGAGAAUUGAGAAGAAUCCAGAUCUCUGCUAUCUCUCCACUCUGGACUGGUCCAAGAUCCUAGACUCAGUGGAAGACAACUACAUCAUGGCCAACAAGAAUGACCGAGAGUGUGGCGACGUGUGCCCAGGGGUAGCUGUCGGUAAGACCACCUGCCAGACGACCACGAUCAACGGACACUUCAGCGAGCGAUGCUGGACACAGAACCGCUGUCAAAGAAUGUGUCCUGUUCAGUGCAAACACCGGGCAUGUACCAAGGAUGACCAGUGCUGUCACGACCAAUGCCUGGGCGGCUGCCUAAAGCCUAACUCAGCCAGUCACUGCGUGGCCUGCCGUGGCCUUCAGCAUGAGGGUAACUGUGUGGAUCGCUGCCCCAAAAACCACUUCACCUACAAGGGCUGGCGCUGUGUCUCCUUCGCCUUCUGCCAGGAUCUGCACAACAGAUGCAAGCGGGAGAAGGAACGCAGCAAGAGCCCCGACUGCCACGAGUACGUCAUCCACAACGCUGCCUGCAUCCCUGAGUGUCCCUCUGGCUACACCACCGUCAACUCCUCCUCGCUUAACUGCACUCCCUGUGCAGGGCUCUGCCCUAAGGUGUGUAUGGGUCUGAAAACAGUGGACUCUGUCACUGCUGCCCAGGCUUUAAGAGGCUGCACUGUUCUCAACGGGAGCCUGGUCAUCAACCUACGUGGAGGAAACAACAUAGCAGCUGAACUGGAGGCCAGCCUGGGCCAGCUGGAGGAGAUCACUGGCUACCUGACAGUACGACGUUCCUACGCCCUUGUAUCACUCUCAUUUUUCCGUAAACUCCGUGUUAUUCGUGGAGAGGAACAGGAAAUCGGAAAUUACUCGUUUUAUGCCCUGGACAACCAGAAUCUGCGGCAGCUCUGGGAUUGGUCCAAGCACAAGCUGACUAUCCUGCAGGGACGCAUGUUUUUUCACUACAACUCCAAACUCUGCAUGUCUGAGAUCCGCAAGAUGGAAGAGGUGACAGGAACCAAAGAGCGGCAAGUCAAGAGCGACAUUGCCUCCAAGACCAACGGAGACCAGGCCUCAUGUGAGAACCAUGUGCUGAAGUUUACUCAGAUCCGAACAAUGAGUGAUAAGAUAAUGGUGAAGUGGGAAGCUUUCUGGCCUCCAGACUUCAGGGAUCUGCUGGGCUUCAUGGUACUCUACAAAGAAGCACCUUUUCAGAACGUAACAGAGUUUGAUGGGCAGGACGCCUGCGGCUCCAACAGCUGGGUAAUCGCUGAUGUGGACCCGCCACGCCGAGCCACCGAGGGGGACAAGGAGCAGUUUGAACCUGGUCAUCUCAUUCUGCCUCUGAAGCCCUGGACACAGUACGCCAUCAUGGUGAAAACCCAGCUCUCAGCUUCUGACGAGCACCAGGUCCAUGGAGCCAAGAGCGAGAUCAUCUAUGUUCGCACCAACGCCACCAAACCCUCAGUCCCGCUGGACCCAAUUUCCUCGUCCAACUCUUCUUCCCAGAUCAUCCUCAAGUGGAAACCUCCCAAUGACCCCAACGGCAACAUCACUCACUACCUGGUCUUCUGCCAGCGCCAGCCAGAGGCCAGCGAGCUCUACAAGUUUGACUACUGUCAGAAGGGGAUGAAGUUACCAUCGCGGGUACCCACUCAGGUGGACAGUGACGAGGAGCAGAAGUGGAAUCAGACAGAGGAGCAGGGCCAGGGGACCCGAUGCUGUGCCUGCCCCAAAACUGACAAGGAGCUCAAGAAGGAGAAAGAGGACUCAGAGUACCGCAAAACCUUUGAGAAUUACCUCCAUAAUGAAGUCUUUGAGAUCAAGCGCUCGAGACAGCGACGCUCUGUGAUGGGCAUCGCCAACCGAACGCACCCCUUCGUCACCACCACCCCCAGCCUGCCGGGGGGCACCGGCACCCCUGACGACGAGGAUGAGGAAACCUUUGAAAGCACCAAGACCGUAGUCACAGUCCACGCCAAGGAGUCCACGGUCAUCUCCAGCCUACGCCACUUCACCAGCUACCAGAUCGAGAUCCACGCCUGCAACCACCCAACCGACGCGGCCCGAUGCAGUAUGGCAGCAUAUGUCAGCGCACGCACAAUGCCUGAACACAAAGCUGAUGACAUCUCAGGUCCCAUCAGUUAUGAGGUGACAGAAAAUACAGUACACAUCACCUGGCAGCAACCCACAGCCCCUAAUGGUAUGAUCAUCCUGUAUGAGGUCAACUACAAGAGACUGGGAGACACUGAGGAGCUGCACUACUGUGUGUCGAGGAAAAUGUACAAAGCGACCCGUGGCUGCAAGCUGAAAGUGAUGCAUCCUGGGAACUACACAGUGAGGAUCCGGGCCACCUCGCUGGCUGGGAACGGAUCGUGGACUGAGCCCACAUACUUCUAUGUCCAAGACGCAAGCGAUCCUCUCUACAUUGUGAAGAUCGUCAUCGGGCCAAUCAUCUGUUUUGUCCUGCUGCUGUUUGUGGCUGUGGCAGGAUUCGUGAUGUUCAAGAAAAAUCAAACACAAGGUCCUAGUGGUCCCAUCUACGCCUCUUCAAAUCCUGAGUAUCUCAGUGCGAAUGACGUGUAUGAGGAGGACGAGUGGGAGGUGGCCAGAGAGAAGAUCGCCAUUUUGCGGGAACUGGGUCAAGGCUCCUUUGGUAUGGUCUACGAGGGCAUCGCCAAGGACAUCAUCAAGGGCGAGGGGGAAACACAUGUAGCAGUGAAGACAGUGAACGAGUCCGCCAGCCUGAGGGAGCGAAUCGAAUUCCUGAAUGAGGCCUCGGUCAUGAAGGCCUUCAGCUGCCACCAUGUGGUGCGUCUGCUGGGUGUUGUGUCUAAAGGCCAGCCCACCCUGGUGGUCAUGGAACUGAUGACUCAUGGAGACCUGAAGAGUUACCUGCGUUCUCUUCGCCCUGACGCUGAGAACAACCCCGGGCGUCCGCCACCCACUCUGAAGGAGAUGAUACAAAUGGCCGCUGAGAUUGCAGACGGCAUGGCUUAUCUUAACGCCAAGAAGUUUGUCCACAGGGACUUGGCAGCCAGGAAUUGCAUGGUUGCUCACGAUCUUACAGUCAAAAUAGGAGACUUUGGCAUGACCAGAGACAUCUAUGAGACCGAUUACUACAGGAAAGGAGGGAAGGGCUUGCUGCCCGUCAGGUGGAUGGCACCUGAGUCUCUGAAGGACGGAGUCUUCACCGCACAUUCAGACUGCUGGUCGUUUGGGGUUGUGCUGUGGGAGAUCAGCACGUUGGCUGAGCAGCCGUACCAAGGCCUGUCCAACGAGCAGGUCCUCAAGUUUGUUAUGGACGGAGGCUACCUAGACCGGCCAGACAACUGUGCUGACAGACUACACAACCUGAUGCAGAUGUGUUGGCAGUACAACCCAAAAAUGCGCCCCACCUUCCAGGAGAUCAUUGAGAUGCUACGGGAGGACCUGCAUCCUUCCUUCCAGGAGGUCUCCUUCUUCUACAGCGAGGAGAACAAACCGCCAGAGAGCGAGGACUUUGACCUCGACAUGGAAAACAUGGAGAGCAUCCCGCUGGACCCUUCAUCAUACUCUCAGAGGGAGCAGUGCUUGGACAGAGAUGAGGCCUCCUCCAUGGGCCUGAGGGGCAGCUACGAGGAGCACCACAUCCCAUUCACACACAUGAACGGGGGAAAGACCAACGGACGAAUACUGGCCCUACCGCGGUCCAGCCCCUCCUAACAUACUGUACACAUCCUGCACAAACACAUCGAUCCUAUAGAUUUAAAUAUAUUUUUGUUUUUUUGUUUUCAUUUUAUAUAGAUCACACUUGUAUCACUCUCACCUCAGAAGCCCCGCAGUGCAUAUCUCAGGACCUUAUUUUUCUCUUCAGAAACCACAAACACACACUACAGUAAGUCCACGCACGGAUAUCAGAAGACACUUUUUGUAUUUAAGGAUGAAUCUCCUGCGUCUCUUGGUUAUGAUUGUAGUUUAUAUAAUGUAUAUAUAUUGCCAAGUUUGUGCUAGACUGAGUGGAUAAUGGAUUCAACUGUGAAACAAACUCUUGACAAACAAGAAGGCUGCUAAACCCACUGUCUCUCCCCGAGUCCAGACUGUGUUCCUCGCCCCAAUUCAUGAAAAGGGUUCAUCCCCGGGUUGCUAAGUUUUGAAAAAAGUGCCCUUCUCUUUUGUCUGUGGCCUACAUCAGUCGUCAUGAAACUCUGUCUGACUAUUUGCAAGUAGAAAAUGAAAGACUGAACUGAAAAUGAAAGACUUUGGGAACUCUGCUGGAUGGCCAACGAUGGUCCAUCCUUGAACAAACUCUGAUCCACUGGAGAAGCUGGUUGAAGUGGCUUACCUCCUCACACUCUGCAGUAUUCCAAAAUGGCACACAGGAUAAAUACAGAACUUUUGUCGGGUUAUAUUUUUUAAUUUAUUUACCUGUAUUUUCUGUUUUCUCUCUUUUUCUUUUUCUCUUUUUUUUUUCUUUUUUUUUGAGUUUUCACAUUUACAGCUGAAGGAUAUUUAAACUGUUUUCAGAAACAUUUUGGCAAACGAGUUCCUCAGAUUGACCAAUAGCUGCUUCAUUGGUAUAUUUUAGUGGGUAUAGAAGAUUAAAAAAAAAAAAAAAAGUAUAAAUAUAUAUAUAUAAAUAUUCUAUUGAUGUUUUUGUACAUAGUUGAUAUGUUGUCAUUCUUGAGGUAUUUCCGGUCAUAGAAAAUGUUUUUACAUGUUAGUCUCUUACGUUUAUUUUUUCUAAUCCAGAAAAUCAUACUAAUUAGCUUUUUUGGACUCAUGAUCAACCAACAGCACUUGGUCUUUUACUAUGUGAUGCCUGGGAGAAAAAGAAGUGUUUGGCGUCUUCAGCUUAAGAUGUCUGCCCAUCAUAUCAAGAUCAAAUAAAAUAGUGCUGUAAAUAAUGCAGCAAGGUGCAUUCAUGAA